AUGCCGUAUAACACACGACGCAAGUCGCUCUCUUUGCCGUCCCUUGGGAUUCACGUCCCGGGUAGCCAUGCUCACCGCAGUCCUUCCACCGCCACUUCGCGUCGAACCAUCUCCGAACAAACACCAAGCCGCAUCGCCAUCACAGCGACUACGAUAACAUCGCAUCCGAAUAAGAGACAGAAGCGAUCCCAUGGAGACGAGGCAAGGCAAAGGCACGGCUCGUCGAAGCGUCCGGACGAGAAGGCAAUGCUGGAGCACACGCCACCGCCAUCCCCAACAAUCGACGACACGGUCGAGAUGGAAGACGCGGUGCCAUCAAGAAAAAUAGAUAUGGAAGGCAUCAAUGAUGAGAUCGUCGAGGCCGUCAUCGUCCAACUCCAGGCGACGGCAAAUAGACCUCAUCUCGUCAAGGAGUUGGCGACCGUCUUGUCGCAGCAAUUGACCAUUGUUCAACACUCUGCCAAUCCAUGUGCCAUUGUUUCGUCGCGCCUCGCUGCUUACCUCAAGCGGUCUUGCUGGAGUGCUCUGGCGCCGUGUCCUGUAGCCAAGGAAUUGGAAACAGUACACCCUCGCCGCACAUACUUCUACCUGACGACGUGCCCGAGGCAACCAUUCCCUGACUCUGCAGCGUCGCUUCUCCUCCAGCGAUCCGUCAUUUCGCCGUCAUUAUCCAGUGUAGCAUCUGGUUCUGAUGAUGAUGACUUGGACUUGCGCCGAAGGGAGCUGAGUCCGUCGCCCGAGGUCGACCUCUCGUCUCCUGAGUUCGACGACGGGGAUGACGACUUCGCCAUGCCCUCAACGCCCGUCGGGUCACUUCCCAACAGUCUGCGUUAUGCAAGAAGUCAUCGAAGUGCCUCGCCUCCUCUUGAAAAGGACGAACGUGAGUUUACUCAAACGGCAGACGUGCUCCAGAAACGCAAAUUGGCCCGUGAGUUCUCGUCAGCAGCUGCUGGCGACCACUCAGCCUAUGAAGCGGCACGUGACGAUAACAUGUUCGACGAGAAGCAGGGUGUUCAUGUGAAUGGCGGCACUGCCCCCAUCCACUUCCUGACUAGCCCGGCCAUCAAGGCUACCAUGCCCUCCAAGAAGGAAGCCGACGGCGACGGCUGGCUGAAGCUGGGAACACUACUAGAGUGGGACCAUAGGCCGGAGAACAUUGAACUCGACGAGCUUGACUGUUUGCUGGAUUCGUGUUAA